UGAUUGGAUUUAUUAGAGUAGGUUGAAUUUUUUUUCUUGGUCUCUAAAGGUCGUAAACCAUGUUUAAAAGAGGUGUUGAAUAUGAAGGCAUGGACUGUCUUAAGGACAUGACUUCAGCUGAAUACACUGCUGCUGGAACAGUACUGCAGACAGAAGUAGCAUGGAUGGCUCAAGGUAAGUAUGGUUAUUAUACGGUCUAUUUCGGAGCUGCUGUGAUCGGUUGUGCUUUAGUCAAGCAUUUAUGGUACUUGUACAGAGACUUCAGUUAUAAAAGGAAUAGAGUCAAUGUAAUAAGUCCGUUUAUUGAUGUAUUUGUGGCUUAUUCAAGAUACUUAGGUUAUAAACAGAUACCAGCUAGAAUAAGUUAUUUCACAUCAUUACCUCCAUCUUUGGGAUCAACUUUGUUCAUGUUUUUAUCUUCGGUAUAUUUAUUUUGUUAUUCUUUAGUUCCUCAUUUUUGGUAUAGAGGUUGUUUUGGGUUUGGAUCUCCACCAUUGGCAGUUAGAUCUGGUAUCAUGGCAGGUGCUUUAACUCCUUUUAUUUAUAUAUUAGCUGGUAAAGCUAAUAUGAUUACAUUUUUAACUGGUAUCAGUUAUGAAAAAUUAAAUCAAUAUCAUCAAUUCGUUGGAGUUGCUUGUUUUGUAUUAUCAGUUAUUCAUACUAUUCCAUUCAUUUAUCAACCAUUAGUUGAAGGUGGUACUAGUAAUUUAAGAUAUCAAUUUACUACCGAUUUCCAAUUCUAUAGUGGUAUUCCACCUCUCAUUAUCUUGGGAUGGUUGGUCAUAGCAUCAAAAGCUUGGUUUAGAAAAAUUUGUUAUGAAUUUUUCUUACAUGCCCAUUGGUUAUUUGGUAUUGCAUAUUUUGGUACUUUGAUUUGGCACAUUAAUAAAACUUUAAAUUAUGAUGAUUAUAUGUGGGGAGCUUUAGGUUUCUGGGCGAGUCAACUUAUUUAUAGAGCUCUUGUCAAGACUGCAUUUAAGCCAAAUACUUUAUUCUUAAGACCAAGAAUUGCUAAACUUUUAAAAUUAUCCGAUAAUGCUUAUCAAAUCUCAAUCGCUAAUACAAAAGGUUAUAAAUGGAAACCAGGUCAACAUUGUUUCUUAAGGUUUGUGGGAUCCAGAAUCUUAGAUAAUCAUCCAUUUUCAAUAGCUUCUAUGAUUGAUAAUGAUCUGAAAGAAAUGAAGUUCUUAAUUGUUCCUAAAAAGGGUUUAACUAAAAAGAUUUAUGAUGAAUUAGAUGAGUUUGUGGUCAAGGAAAAGAAAGUCUAUAUUGAUGGUCCAUAUGGUGGAACUACAAGAGAUCCAACAGCUUUCGACAGAAUCAUCUUAUUAGCAUCUGGAAGUGGUGUUACUGCUACUCUUCCUUUCUUGUUAUUCAUGGCUAAUGAGAUCAAAGAGAGUCAAACAUCAAAUAAAAGAGUUGUCACUCAAUUGAUUGACUUUGUUUGGAUUGUGAGACAUAAAGAUAAUAUUAAUUGGAUUAAAGAUGAAUUAACCAAGUGUAAAAAUAUUGCUGGUGAUAAAAUCAGAAUAACAAUUUAUAUAUCAAGGGAUGGGGACGAAAACUUAAGUGGUAAGGAUGUAAAAGAUGGUAUUGAAUUAUCUAACAUCGAUGAUGUUGAACAAUACAUUGAAAAUUCCGAAUCUGAUUCUGAUAUUCCAGAUCUUGAUAUUAAUAUUCUUCCUUUCAAACCUUCCAUUACAAGAUUAGUAGAAGAUCUUAAAGGAAGUUUACUGAGAAGAAAUUUCAUUGUCUCCUCAGGAAGUGAAUCCAUGAAAGCUCAAGUAAGUGCUGCUGUUUCAAACUUACAAGCAUUAAUUUUUAAUAAUGAUUAUAAUCAUUCGUACAUAGAAGAGAUCUACUUACAUACUGAAUCAUUCGGUUGGUAGGUCAAAAAAUAAACAUAUAUUCAUAAUAAUUUAGGAAAU